CCCCCCCCCCCCUCCCCUCCUCCAGCUGUCCCCCUAUCUCACCCUCCCUGUCACUCCCCCUCAGCACCCUCCCCAUUGUCUCUGUAACGGUGUUGUUCUGGUUUACACCCUGGCCCAGACACUCAGCACAAACCCACUCAGCUCCUGGUAACUUUCACAGAAUCGAUGGCACGAUAACGUUAGUUGAAGUGAGCAGUCGGCGUUUCUCAGAGUCGCCCCCAAGAAUUGCUGCAAUAGGGGAGAUUAAAUCAGGUUGACUUAAUUCCAGAAACUGAAAGUGCUUGCAGUGGGACUGCAAGUGAUUAGCGGCUGUGCAUUCAGCAGUGUGUGAGAGUGCGGGUGGUUGCCAGUGAGUGAAGGGGCUGAGGGAGGGGGCAGUGAGCCCUGUUUGGGGAACACAAGAUGCUUAGUGUCAGUCGUCUGGUGCCCCAGUACCUGGGCAGGGGGGGGUGGGGGGCUGUGAGGUGACGACUGGACUGUAAGGAGAGCAGUCUGACUGACCCUCUCUGUGUGAGGGGCCCUCUCAAUGUCCGGCUCUGGUGACCGGCUCUCGCUGUCUGUCCAGCUUUGGUGACUGUGCUCGUGCCACUCUGACCACUGUCCAGGGAUGGGUGUUUCCUCAGCUGAGGUCUCCACGUUUUAUGGGCACCAUGACGGCGGCGGCUGACAGCUGCAUCCAGUUCACCAGGCACGCGGGGGACGUGCUCUUCAACCUGAACCGCCUGCGAAGCCGGGACAUCCUCACCGACGUCACCAUCCUCGUUCACCGGCACCGGUUCCAGGCACACAAGACCGUGCUCAUGGCCUGCAGCGGCUUGUUCUACGUAAUCUUCACCGACCAGGUGAAAUUCAACCUGAACAUGGUGACCCUUGACCCUGAGGUUGACCCCCAGGGGUUUGGGAUCUUGCUGGACUUCAUGUACACGUCCCGCCUGUCGUUGAGGGACAGCACCAUCAUGGCCGUGAUGAACACCGCCCUUUAUCUGCAGAUGGACCACGUGGCAGACACCUGCCGCAGGUACCUGCAGUCCAGUGAGGACAUCUGCUCGUCGGUCAGCCCGUCGCCACAGCACUACCUCUCAUCCAACCCCAUGCUCCCCCCGGAACUGGUCACCUUCCGCAAGGGGAUGGACCCCGAGGCACGGCCCCUCGACACUGCGGCCUACAGCGUACUGCCCCCCUCACCCCACCCCUACACCUUGUACCCCCACCUGCCCCUACACGGCUACUCUGCCAACCCCUACACGGGGUCGUGGCCCGAGGGGCCCAGGACUCAGGGGAGGGGUGGUCAGCACGGCUGUGCCAGGCCAGGCCCCUGUCCAGCUGCUGACCCCACGGGCCUGGCCAUGGAGGGUGGGGCAGGACCUCAGUACCUCUCACCGUUGCCGCCCGCACCCAGGAGAGCCCCCCCCAGCGGAGUGGGGCUGGGGCAGGGGCUGGCGGGUGAGGAGGGGGUGCCCUCAGGUUGCCCCCUCCCCCCCGGACCACGCAGCCCCCUCAAGUCGGACUGCCAGCCCAACUCUCCCACCGAGUCCAGCAGCAGCAAGAAGGCUGGGCGGGGGGUCCCGGGAACUCUCCCCCCCCCCCCCCCCCCCACCCCGCUCCCUACCCCCCUCGGCCCCAAGGUCUGCAACUGGAAGAAGUACAAGUUCAUCGUGCUCAACUCCCUGAACCAGGCCGGGGGGGGCGAUUCAGGCCCUGCCCCCACCUCCCCAAGCUGCCCCACCCCCGAGACCCAGACCCUGAGCAGCCCCUCCCCCACCCCCCAGGGCACCAAGAUCGACAGCGAGACGCAGGCCAGCCGGCUCGACAACCUCCUCGACAGGUCGCCGGACACAACCUCGCCGGACACGGAGCAGUCGUCCCCUGGGGCACUCCCACCCUGCAGCUCCUGCCAGUCGCCCUGUCUGCAACGGCCCCCCCACUGUCGGCGCUCCCCCUCCCACAGAGAUGACCCGGCAGAGACCCAGUCCGAGCUGUCGGACUCCAGCUCCGAGACGGGCCCGUUCCCCUGCGUGCAGUGCGAGUGCCGGUUUCCGGAGGACACGGCACUGCGGCGACACUUGGUGCAGUCCCACAGCCACAAGCCGUACAAAUGCGACAGGUGCCAGGCAGCCUUCCGCUACAAGGGCAACCUGGCCAGUCACCGGACCGUGCACACAGUUGGCUCUGCUGACCCGGCCUGUCCUGUUGCAGGGGAGAAGCCCUAUCGCUGUAACAUCUGCGGCGCACAGUUCAACCGACCGGCCAACCUGAAGACCCACACACGCAUCCACUCCGGGGAGAAGCCCUACAAGUGUGAGACCUGCGGCGCCCGCUUUGUCCAGGUCGCUCACCUUCGGGCCCACGUGUUGAUCCAUACGGGUGAGAAGCCGUAUCCGUGUGAAAUCUGCGGCACCCGGUUCCGGCACCUGCAGACGCUGAAGAGUCACCUGCGCAUCCACACGGGGGAGAAGCCCUACCACUGUGAGAAGUGCAACCUGCAUUUCCGCCACAAGAGCCAGCUGCGCCUGCACCUGCGGCAGAAGCAUGGAGCCAUCACCAACACCAAGGUGCAAUAUCAGGUCCCUACAGAGUGCUCGACUGACCCCUGCCGGGCCCGCUGACCCCCGGACCAGUGACUUUCUGAGGUGGUGGGAUUCUGGAAUGGUUAAAGGAUUUUAGUUUGGAGUCUCCAGUGGUCAGAAUCCCGGCAGGUAUCGGCAGGGAGAUGUGUAACGGGUUUCUAAGCUUGUGAAAAGUGCUUGCAAUUAUUUCCUGUUAAUAGAAAUUGGAGUGUUUGCUUUUAAAAUAUGCAUCUCUGCCCAUAAUAUAAAGGAAUGUAUGAAUAUAUAAAUAUAUAUAUUUUUCCUGUGCUAAGCACAACAGAGUCGUACUAUUAUAUAAGAAUGGGAAGUCAGUCAUAUUUUUAACCAAAGUUGUCGGUAGGGCAGCAAAGGAGAGAUUGGUCGGACAGGUCAUCUGCAGGCAGAGUAUGGUCUGAACAUGUCUAUGGCUUAAAGCACUUCAGAUAUUUUGUCUAUUGUGAAAUGAUAUAUGUGCUUUUGAAAUAUUCUCAGCUGCUUUUGAAAAGUCAGGUUUACAUUUUCCCUGGACGCUCUGUGUCCCUGUUGAUGAAGCAGUCUCCAUGGUGCCUUCUGUGCCCAAGGUCCAGGGCCCUCGCCCCUCCACCCCCGACCUCCCCUGGGGUCGCUGGACCAUGCCCUCUGACCUGGGCCUUCUGAAGCGAGGGUGGGUGAAAACGUGGGCAACGAUUCACCAGGAUUUUUAUCAUGAACUGUAUGAUGUAGCCGCCAGAAUGUAAUAAAUGACUAUAUCGCCCUGC